CUCCUUGCAGUUUCCUCAGCUGCACAAAGCAAGCGUUCUGGUCUCAGUGCAACGCACAAAGGUCUGACAGGAAGUCUGCUGCUGAAGAAUACUACAUCCCUGCAGCGCACUCCCCACAUUAAACUCCAGGCUAAUGAAAACAAUCUGUUGAGGAGGAGAAAGAGAGAGCGAGCGAGAGAGAGAGAGAGAGAGGCGAGAUCACGAGCCUUAUUCCCAACUGAUGGCAGGAGGGAAUUAAACACAAGAGGAAGCUUUUGCAAAACCAAAGACUGACAAGAAGUUCAGUGACUUCUUCCAACUUUGUCCUUUACCUCCAAGAGCUCCUUCAUAUUAGCCGCUUGUUGAGAGGACGCUUGUUUUAUCCAAACCAAUAACUCAACAGGACCUUGGACCCACCUGUGGAAGUCAACAAUGGCCAUUUGGUUGAUGUUAUUGCAGUUUGUCCUCACAAGCAUGUGCCCAUGUACAGCAAGAUACCUCCCCAACAGUACAGAUGUUGUAUCACUGUCUUCUGCAGAAGCAUCUGGUAGUUAUGAAACUGAAGGCACGAGUACUGAUGUGGCACUUCGGACCAGCGAAAUCUCAGAUGUUGACACCACCAGUGUAGCCUACACCUCCUCCCCUGCUGUUACUUCUGCCAAGCCUGGCCUCCUUGGCACAAUUAUAAUGGAGUUUAUUUCGCAGUAUGCCGUCUUCAUCAUCAUUGCUGCAGUCGCUCUGGUCCUACUGCUUAUCAUCGUGUGCACUGUGAUAUUUAUGAAGCUAAGCAAGGCUUCAGCCUACUACCCAUCCUCUUACCCCACAAAAAAGUAUGUGGAUGAGCAGGACAAAAGGGGUUCCAGCAAGAACUUUGAGGAGGUCACUGGGAUGGUCAGUGAUGAGCCCAAGGAGGAUACGAUCAACUCUACAGAGCAGCUGCAAGCCAACAUCCUCUCAGCAACUCACAACCUCAAAAAGGCGACACCAUCCAAAGGAGAGGAGAAGCAAGAGGUUGGUACAUCAGGAAAGGGAGAGCCUGACCAGGCAGUGGGCAAGGAGGGAAGGAACAGUACAGAGCCAGGAACCAAUGAGGAAGGCCCAAUGUCUGACACAGUGGAGAACAACACUGCCAAAGCACCUGAAGGGGACUGGAAGGAGGAAGGGAAGGAAAUACCAGAGCAGGAAGACAAGGGAGGAGUUGAAGGACCAGGAAAAGGAAACAGGGGAAAUGAGGAGGAAGAGGGAAAGGAUAAAAAGGAGCUGGAAACUGGAGCAGUCCCGGGCACCAACUCUAAACAGCCAUCUGCCAGUGACAUGGGGAGCAAGUCCCCCCAGACUGCUGAUCAACCACAAGUUGACGCAGACGCAGACCAGUCAAUGGCCUCAGACAAGGUAGAUGGAGCAGAGGGCCAAGAACCAAAGGAAGUUAAGUUUGCCCAACAGGGUUUAAGUGAAUCAUCUACUGUUGCUGAACCCUGUACAGAUCAUUCCAAGGAUCUAGAGGAAACCCCACUGAUCUCGAAGCCCAAUGGCGCACCCAGUGACAUCAGGGCUUUCUAAACGACCAAGCACAGGCCAAACCAACCUUAGAUUGAUGUGAAGGUUAGUUGAAUGUUGACCACCCAGAGAAUUUGCUCAGCUACCACCAAUACCAUUCAUUUUCAUGCAGAUGCUUUCAAAAACAUAUUUUGCAACAUUAGGAUAUGCAAGAGAACCAUUUUCAGGAAAAGAAAAACUGAGAAAAAAAAAUCAAGGUUUUAUUAUUUCUCUUCAUACAACAAAAACUGGUAUCCCACACUUGUGAGACUGAUUUUAGUUCCCUCCAUAUCAAGGGGAGAAAUCAACCUAAAACUGGGAUAACUUUAAACAUUCAACUAUCCAAUUUGCUCUUACUUUAACCACUUUAAACAACUGCAGGCUUGAUCAACAGUGGUGAUGGUUUAAAUUGGAAGAAUGUUCAGUCAGGUCACCCACAAACCAAAACUCCAGCCUCUGAUUUGUUAGCUUAAACUUAUGUCAAUCGUGCUGCCAGCCCAUCUCCCUCAUUAGCGACUAAAUUUAAAUUUCAGCCAUCCAACUGGAUCUUUGAGGUUCAUACAGUACAAGAAGCCAACUUUGAAUCCUUGCUUCUGGGUCUACUGAUCACCUGGGCUCAGGGAAAAGCAUGACAAGUUGAUAGCCCCCUUCAAAUCUUCCUGCAAACUGGAAUGUAGUGAAUAAAGAUCUUCCUCUUCUCUCCAAAUUGUUAACACGUCAGGUUAAGGGAACAGUUCCAUAGGUAUGGCCCAUUCAUAGGCCUUCCAAAGAAGCCAUUUGCUGUAAAAGCAGCUAAAUAAUAUCACUUUUCAACAAUCAACAAAAUGCUGGAUAUCUUAACCCUUGCAUUGGCAGGACCUGAAGAUUAAAAUGCUCGUUAUUGUGAGGAAUUAUCUACCGUGGCAUUGGAUAAUCCAAUCACAAGUGCCCAUUGAAUGAAGAAGCUCAACGCAAAGAGUUCUUUUUUAAAGAAUUAUUAUUAACAUGGAUUGUUCAGGCAGGAUCUGAACAAAAUUAAACAUAUAGCAAUUUUAAUUGGGGUAAAACCUCUUGAAGGAAACUUAAAGCUUCUCAGACUAAAUUGCAAUAGCCAAUCAUAUAGCUUGAGCAUAACUCUCAUUUUAGCAGUAACUUCAGCCAUGAGUUCUACUUUACUUGUAUGAUUUUUUAGUAAAACUAGGCACCAUUAUGACAAAUGCUUUGGAAACUACUAGAAUCCAAAAAGCUGGGUUCUUUAUGUCUGUUACCAAUGUAGAGUGAGAGACACAGGGAGUUUCCUGACUCAGGGUGAACUCAGUGCAGGUUUAAUCAUUAAUCACCUACUAGCAAGCAGUAAACCUGGGGAAUCAGCCAUGACCACAAUUCAAUGGUAUCAUGUUCAGGGAAUCAGUUUUUAAAUUACAUUUUUGUCAGACUGACAAAUUAUUCCAAUCUUCUGGGAUACUGGGGUCCCGCUCUCAUAUGGAGAGCUUGGCAACCGGCUCUGAAAGGAAGAGUGGUGUCUGUGGUUGGAGUUACUUGGGUAAGGCCAUAUUUUUGCUCUUCUCCCAUGGGUGCUGGAGUCUCAGCCUUGUCCUCCCCAGAACAGCUCAUGCUGGGGAAAGAGUGCAGGUGCAGAUCUGGAAUAUGGAGGGGGAGGGAUCAAAAUGGUAAUAUUGGAAACCUUGAGAUUCACAGCAGAUCAUCACCACCAGGCUACAGUUGAGGUGCAAGUUAGCUGCUGCCCACUUUGGGAAGACUCCCAACCUCUGCCUCUACUAUUCUUGAGGAAGCUCAUGCGGAGGAUCAGCACAUUUUGCAUCUGUUUUAUUAACUGCAAUUGCAUUGGACAUUUUUAAUCCAGCAUAUGCCUUUUUUCCAGAUUUGAUCAUGUCCAACCCCUCCUUCUGCUCCCAGUCAUGCCCAGUGAGUCUCUGAAUUGAGUGACAUUGCUUGGAAUAGACCAGUGGACAGUGGUGGUGGUUGAGGCAGGGGGUGGAAUGAGGAAAACUGCAUAAGAGGAAACAUGUGGUGACCGCUCUCUGGCAUUCACCACCCCCCCCCCAACCCACCCCCUCCACCCAACCCUCGACUUUUUCCCCACUCCACUGUGGGGUCAAGUGCUAACUAUGUGGGGCCGUGGCAUUGAAUUUCCACUCAGUGCUUUGUGACCCGGCACACACCCUCCCAGGAUGUCCAACUUCAUAGCAACACCUCCACUGUCCUGCACUGAGGACCUCACAUAACACCCAGAGCUGGUCAACGUGAACCUUUCUGUGUAAUGCUUUUUUGUUAAGUUCUGAGAUCGCUGUAGUGGAACUUACUGCUGGCAAUAUACAAUAAAUCAUUUUUAAU